AUGACAAUUAUCGUCAUCGCCGUCGCGAUAUUUCAUCAUCCCUAUCGCGAAUCCGAUAACGUCCGCGGCGCCGACCGCAUCGCGUGCGCGGUACUUUUCCCGUUUUUCCAUACGUUAUUACAAAUUAUUAAAACACCAUUACAGUUCGGUAACAUUACAUUAUCGGGUUACGUUGAUUUACACGUUAUUCUAAAACGACACCAUGGUACAGCAGUCGACGGACACCGUACGCUGUUGCAGAUUUUGGCUCGCAUCACAACACUAUGUAAGUACCUACCGAAUACCUAUUAUUAUAUACCGGCCUACCGCCAAUUCGUGAACGUCUAACUCCGAGAGACUGUAUUAUAUCGGUUUGGGGGUUUCGUCAGAGUCCGUCGGAUUUGAUGGACGUGCGAAUUCAAAGUUGUUGUCAUUGGCAUUCUGACGGUCGUCUUUUACGGACACAAUUUUCGGUAUCCACACCUGUAUAUACCAAUGACCAUUAUUCGUGUACAUUGGCUUGUAUUCAACUUGAAUAAUAGUCGUGGUUUAAAAAAAAAAAAGUUAUUUAUUUGCAUAAAGUCGGCUAUACAUUAUGCAAUUUUUUGGUUAACAGUCAACACUGACAAACAUCAAACAUGUUUGAUAUUCAUCAGUUCAAAAAUUUGAUUGCCAAAUGCUAAUCGUUGCCAUUCAUAAAAAUUGUCACAAUCAUAGUAUGUGUGUGAUUUGGUAAUGUCUUAUUGAGAUAAAAAUAACUUAUGUCAGCCGUACACCAUGAAUAAUGAAAGACUGAUUGUUGAUCGGCAGUCGUUAUUAAGUUAUUAGAUUUAUGAUACACCAUAACUAUCCUAACUAGGUACCGGUCAAAUAUUUUUCUUUCAACGUUUAUAGUGUAUGGCUGGCUUUAGGUAUUUUCAAUGGUAUUUAUAUAUUAUCUCAUUUAGACACAACCAAAUCACACGCAUGCUAUGACUGCGAUCGUUUUUAAAUAAAUAUAAUGUGUACCUAUGUACUUACCUUUGUAAUUACUUGCUUCGGUAGAUUUAUUAUUUUGUUUACUGUCAACAUAUUUCUAUACAGGUUCAUAGGUAAUCUUACUCGUAGUAUUUCUUGUGCAGUCUGAUUUUACAAACCGACAUUCCUAUUAUAAUCUUAUGUAAACAAUAAAACACUUAAAGAGUAUAGGCGCAUAUGAAAAUAUUAUGUGCGCAUUGCACUGCGCUAAUUAAAAACUUGAAUAAAUAAAAGUAGAAAAUGUCAGAUAGUGUUAUAGGUAACCUACCUAUUUAUUUGUUGAUAAAUAUGUCUGAACAAAAUGUAAACUAACAUUAAUUAUGAUAAGUAGUAAUCACAAAUUAAGAUAUCUUAAUUUGUGUUAGUAGAAUUUUGUUUGCUAUCAAUCUUGCAGAAAAAAUGUUUUUAUUUAACUUAAUUCAAAGUGAAUUGUACGGUAUUAUAUGAUUAGACAUUAUUAGUGCUUCAUGUUUUUAUUUAAGGAAACCAUUCUCAUUUCAUUUAUGCAUAAUGUGUAGGUAUAUACUGCUGUAACUUAAGAUAGGUUCCUAGUAUUUGAAAUAUCAAUAUUAAGUACAUAGGUUGUAACUAUGAAUGCCCAUGUAACGUUGAUUAUAGUUAAAUUAGCUACUGAACUAUUUUUUUAUUUUUCAAUGACUGAAUUUAUAAUAAAAAAAAAACUAUUAAAGUUUUUUUUUCUAUAUAAUGACAUCAUAUACUUAAAACUAAUAUCUAGAUUCAUAUCAUCAGGUAUAUUUAUCUAAUCUAUGUAGUUAUGAUUUAAAGAUUUUUGUUAAUAUUAUGUAUUUUAAGUAAUACUUGAGUACCAUUAAUAAAAUAUGUAAGGUAAAUUCUAACUACCUAUUAUGUCUUGUCGAUACUGGAUUGAUAUUUAUUUAUUACCUCCCUGAUUAUCUAUGUACCUAUAAUAUUACAUGUUAUUAUAUUUUAAUUAAUUGGAAAAUAAAUAAAUAAUUUAAUGAGUUUUUUAUAGUUUUUUUCCGUGUACCAGUUUUUUUUCAUAGAGUAAAUAAUUAUGUAUCUUAUGCAUGAAUACCAAUUUCAUACUGACUAAAGAUUUUUGUAUUUUUUGUCAAUACUAUAAACAUAGUGCUUAGUCAAAAAUAAAGUAUAUUUACAGUAGUUUUAAUAAUCCAGAAUUUUUUUUCCACAUCUUGGUAUAAUUAAAGUUUUUGGUUUAACUAAUGUUUACAAUAAUUGACCAAGAAAAAGAAUGUUAUUGAAUGCGGUUCUUUGAAUUAUUACCUGAUUAUGAAAAUAUUUUUGUAAUGUUUAGGAUACCUAUUAAAUAUAUUAAGUAAUGGUGAUGAACAUAUAAACAUAAUAUGAGUAAAUUCAAGUAGGUAUUUGUAGAUAAGUUGGUAAUAUAAUAGGUACAUAAAUCAUUGUUAAAGUUUUUAUGAUUUGAAUAUGACAUGGAAACGUCUUUUAAAUGAUUUAUUUAUCAUAUUUAUAAGUCGGUGGACUUAAAACAAUUACAAAUAUUGCAAUUUAUGGAAUAGCAAACUAAAACAUUUGUAAAAGUACCUAAUUAUUUUUAUCAAAUAUCAGCAACUACCAAAUAAUUAGGUAAGUGACUGCAGAUAAUAUACAAUAACUAUCCCAAGGCUGGGUACUAACUAAUUAGAAAGUUAGAAGUUAAUUUUGUAAGUAUCUUUUACUUAACUAGUUACUUUGUUUAUAUUGUAACUUAACUAGUAAUUUUUAAAACAAUUAAAAGUUAUUCUUACAAAAUGUGUACUCUGGUUUCAAAAAUAUGAUAAAAAAACGUUUAUUUAAAAUUGCCCUUCGUUGGUAUCAAAUUGAUAUUGUGUUAUUGGUAUGUGGUUUACUGGUAUUAGAUUGACAAUAUAAUGAUAUUGUUGAUAUCAAUGAUAUAUUGGUUGAUGAUUAGGAUUGACAUAAAUUAUAUACUAAACUUGUUAGUUUUUUUUUUUAUAAUAUCCUUAGAAAUUAUCAAUUACUUGUCCUGGGCUGAUGAUUGAUGUGUCAAGUAUUUUCCACCCACAGAUAUGUAAAAUGUAUAAUUAUUGUUAUACAUUGUUUUUUUUUUGAUUAUAAAUUAUUCUAUAUUUGCAAUACAUUGUGUUAAUACAUCAAAUAUUUUAUUAAAUUAUCAAUUCAAUUCAAUUCAAUUGAUAUUAUCAUCAAUAAUUUAGUGAUUUUUAAGUUAUGAAAAAAAAACUGACUUGUAACUUUUAUUUUAACUUAAGUUAAGUUAAGUAAGUUAGUUUUUCACCAACUAAGUUAGAAUUUUAGAAAAUUUUAGAAACUAACUUCUAUUCUAAUUUUAUUUGUAUUAUAGUAACUUAACUUUAACUAGGCAGUUGAACAAAAUUACUAACUUACCCAGCUUUGAAUUAUCCUCAUAAUUUGCAAAAAUUAUUAUACCUUUAUCAUAAUUUGUAAAAAUGUUUAAAAAUAUAAUAUUGUUUACAAAUUUAAAACAAUGAACAAACAAAACAGAUCAUGACCUACUACAAUUAUCACCUCUUUCAUCUUAGAAUAUUCAAGUCAGUUAAGGUGUCUGAAGUCUAAAAUAUCUUUUUUGCUAUUACACAAAUGCAACAGAGUAUUGUUGGUGAUGGAAUUUAACUCUGAAUUUAACUCUCAAUAAUAAUUUCUAUUGUUUCAGCAUAAUGUACUGAGUAAUAUAUUAUGACCGUGUCUUUAGGCUAAAAAAGAUAUACAAGGUACAAAAUCAUUUUUGUUGGCGAAACUAUAUAAUUAUAAGCUUGCUAAAGAGUUAUUGUUUAGGUAUAUGUGAUAACGUAACCCACGAUUGUAUUUAUCUGGUAUUUAUCAUUUAUAUAACGUUUACAGCACACUGUUUCGUAAAUUAUUUAAAUGGUUAAUUUUACCCUUUAUUUUAAUAUUUAUGAAGUAGGUAUAUCAGAAAGUACAUACCAAGGUAUAAACGCAAUAAAUAAAACAUCGUCUAGAUACCUCUAAAUACAAACGAACUCCAAUAAAUUGAAUUAAAUUAGUUUACUUUUUAAACACAUAAUUCGUUAACGUAUAUAAAUUAUUAUAUUAUUAACAGUUAUCGCAACUGUACAGAUGUUUUACUUAAUUAUCUAAUUAUGGUACUUGCACCAUAUAACUAAUAAGAUUAAAAAAAAAAAAAUCGAAAAUAUAAGUGCUUUACAUCAUAGUUACUCUUUUGACUGGAAUAUUGCAUUUAGAGAAAUUAUUUAUCCCUCAGAAAAUCUGUCAAACACUCAAAUUUUUUUAGUUUGCGCCAUUUAUUCAUUGUGUAAAAUGUGGGUGUUUGUGCGUGUAUAUACUGUAUACUAAGUCCACGAACACAUGAUUUUGACCCUAUUGCGUGUGUAUGUAGGUGUUCUGCUGUUCCUUAUUAUUAUACCUAUUUACAUUCCUCGUGUUCCAUUCAUUAUCGUUUAUAGUCAUCUAUAGACUUGUAGGUUUUAAUGCGUGUGUAGGAUUAUCCGAACAUAUUGUAAGCUAUAACACGAGAGGAUGCUCGAGAUGUCCAUUCAUCUUUUUAUUAUUAUAGAGUGUCCAAUACAAACUCAAUUUAAUAUAUUAGCAUUUCCGUUUGACAUAAAUUGUACAUUAUAAAAUACAGAUAGGUCCAAUGCUAAUGGUCGAAUAAAAAUAAAACAAAAAACCAAAUUAUAAAAAGAGAGAUUAAUUUUGACAUUUUUAAAUCAUGGUCACGAAUGGUUCAUGGCUUAAUUCCGCGUGAAUUUAACGCUUUUACCGGAUUGUGUCCAGUGCAGCAGCAAGCACUAUAUUAUUAUUAUAGCCGUACACACAAAAUUAUUUUCUGAAACGUGCAAGAUAUAGGAGGUCAAAAACGACUUGGUAGGUUGGUACACAAUGGGUUCUUAAAAUUAUUUCGUCAUAUCUGAUGUUUGGAUUUGACGCAUAUUGCCCGUAGAAAAACACUAGAUAGACAUUUUUUUAUUUACGGCGAAAUUAACUAAAAACCAAAACGCAUCGUUGGCGAUUAUUUCGAGUAUCUAGGUAUUAUCCGCAUUAAUUAUUGUAUUUUCAUAUUUAAUUGAUUUUUUUUUUUAAUUAUUACUUUAUAGAUUAAUAAUACGAUAUCCACUUUAUCCUGAAAUGGAAUAAAUAGAUACUACAUUUUUCUUCAAAAAAAAAUAUAAAAUAAUAAUAAUAAUAACAGAAUUUAGAUAAAUCCAUACACUUUCCUCAAUUGUAAAUUGGCGAUUUUAAUUUAUAUUAAUUAUUUUAUGUUUAUCCAUAGCGGUAAUAUUUUUUUUAGUUAUGAAUUUCUGAUAUAAAAGUAUCAAUUAUUGAACUCGUCGAACGAUAUCUCGUUUAUUAUCGACACAAUAAUAUUGAUGUUUGAAAUUUAAAAGCGCGGAGAUUUCAACAGUUUAUCGCUAUAAUUCACGUCACUCAACAUUCUCGGGACUUUGAAUACUUCACAUUAUACAUAGAAUUUCUUGGAAAAAUGUCUGCUUCGUGAUAUUAGAUGCGAACGGGGGUAAAUUUAACACAUGAAAAAAUAAAAUAAGUCUGAUUUAAAACGCUCCUUAACGAAGCCUCUAAAAUUAAUCAUACGGUAAUUUUUUUAUUAAAAUAAAUCUGGUAUUCUGCCAGCGCCUAUGUACCAUUAUAUUUUAGGCGCAAGGCACAUAAAAUCUUUGUUUAAUAAUAAUCGGGACGUCUAGUCGAAAAUAUGUUUUACAAAAGUUUAUUGUCGAUUUCUUGAUUAUGAUAUUAUAAUCUUAAAUCUCGAUUUUUUUUUUAAACAUUUUCAAUUCAAAUCUAUCACCCAGUACAGGCAAUAAUUACAUUUUAUAUGUAAAACAAAAUAUUUAAAUUGAAAUUGUUUAACUCAAAACCUUUUAAAACUUUCGAUACUUACUCGUAUUUUGAAUAUUUGAAGAUGUUUUUUUUCAACUUUAAUAUUUUGAUAAUUUUAUCUAGAAUUAAUUUAUAUUUUUUGAUAAUUUUAUCUAGAAUUAAAUUUAUCAAAAAUUAAUGAUACUUUUAUUUUUAAAUGUUUAAUAAAAGUAUGUUGUAUAUCUAACCUAACCUACGGUGUUAUAGCCAUUUUAUUUCGUGGCAUUACGAACUUCAAGGAAUCAGCCAAACAUAUAUGCAGAGAAGUAAAUAAUUUAAAUUCCUAGUGAGUUCGUCAUUUGAAAAUUUGGUUUAAAAAAAAAAUGAACGGCCUCUAAAAAUAUACCUGUCAUCAUCUAUUUAACUAAAUUAUAAUAUUUACGUAUUUCUGAAAAAGUCAUAUCCCUUUAGUUAAUAGUAUACUUUGAAAAUCUCAAUAACAAAAUACAUUUCAAGUACCACUUAUUAUUUAUGUAAUUUUUUUUUUCUAUAUGUAUAUUAAUGUAAAAUAUAAAUACACGUUCGUCGAUUUAAUAGUCUAUAAAAUAAUAUUAAUAUAUUUUUAUGUGUAUUUCGAGACAUUUUUUCAACAUUAUUGUUGCAGCCUAUUAAAUUUUCGUUAUAAUUUCUGUUAAGUGUUUAUAUAUUAUUUUAUAUUAUCUAAUGUAAUUUUAUUUAUUUUACGAUUAUUUUCCAUUAAGUGCCUACCUAUAUAAUACAUUAUCAGCUAUUUUAUCGAAUCUUAUAGGUUUUUUUUUUAACGAAAACUUAUUUAUUGAAGUUGGUCCUUAAUAUUACCUAUCAAAUGUGACGAUUAAAAAUUGUUAGCUAUUGGACUUUUUUUUUUUUUUCAUAUUUUUGAGUUAUUAACGUGUAAUUUAUUUGUUUUAUUGGUGUAAAAAUAAUAGUUUUAACACUCGUAUAAUAUCAACUAUUCCUACGGUUUAUAUUAUACACUGUUUAAUAUUUUGUUUAAAAUAUUUAAAUGGGUAAACAAUUCAUUUUAUCAAACAGAUAAUAAUUUAUAACAACAGUGUUACAUUUAUAUAUGUGUAUACAUUCUAUUAAAGUACACAUUAAAACGAAACUAAAAAAAAUCAUUAUAAAUUUGAAUAUAUAUAAUGACAGUUUAUAUUGAACAUUGAAAUUGUUUUUUGAUAAUAAUGAAUAAUGCUACAGGUACUCGUACUUAAUCAUUUAUUUUUGUUUUAUAUUAUAAUAGUAUGCAUCACGAUUGUAGAUACUAUAUUUUCUUAAUAACCUAUGAUAGAAUAGUUAAAAAAAAUUUUUAAAAAUGUCUAUCGGAGUCAGGUACGUACGCAGGGGGUAAUUUAAGUGUUCAAAUACCUCCCUACCCUUGAAACGUUUGUUUUUUAUAUAGUUAUUCCAUUUUAAUAUUAUAUUAUAUUUUAAUAAACAAAUAUAAUAUAAAAUUAGGUUUGUAGAACAUCGCUUAAUGCAAAAUAAAUAUUUAAUAUUAAUAACAAUAUUAGGCCUAAUUUAUAAAAACACCCUCAAAAACUUUUUUCUACGGAUGCCCCUGACUGAAUUGGAUCAUGGAAUUCGACUGGAUUUUAGACUGCUAGCGUUCGUGUGACUUGUAAUGUCCCAUGAAUAAUGUUUCCGAGAAAAGUUAACGUUGUAAACCCGACAAUUUUCAAUUUUUUCUAUCUGUCAAAUAAUUCGCAUUAUCUAACGGAUUGUGAUUGAAAACCGGGUAUAAUAAUAUAUUAGUUUGUUUACUAAAAAUUGAUGGGAAACAAAUAACAAAUUAUUAUCUUUACAAAAUGAACUCGGCAUAAUAGUGUCCAGACUAUACGAACAGACUGCUCAAGUAAUUUUAUUAUAGUUUAAAAUGAUGAAAAAGGCUAGAUUUAUAUCAAAAUUUAUUAUUUUGAUUAUUAAUUAAUUAUUUCAAUGAAUAUCUAAAAAUCGAAACUUUUUGACAAUUUAAAUUUUUUGAUUUAUUUUAUACGGCGAAGAAUGCGACUAAAAUGAAAUUAUUGAACUCUUGUUUUUAUUUAUUGUACUCAUAUAAUUAAAUCUAAACUUGGUGAUUUACAAUAUUUUAAUAGUUAAUGCGCACACAAAAGAAUGCAUUAGGUUGAUAUUUGACAUUACAAUCAUUAAUUAAAAAAAAAAAAAGCUGAUACUGAGGAUGGAAGUGGGCCACUGUUGUAGGUGAGAAGUUGGGAAGGUAGGAUAUAUCCGUAAGCAACGAUAAAUCAUUGCUUGACGAAAGACGAUUCCGAGCGCAGUUUGGUAAUACAUAAUUUGAAGUGCCGUAAUAUUUUUUGAGAAUUUCGUUUAAAUUUUAUUUCAAAACGCUUAUUAAAAAAAAAAAAUUCGUCCGACGAUUUCGGAAAUUUUACCACGUCUAGGAAGGUCCAAUAUAAGUAUUAUUAAGUUAACGUGUUUUUAUAACUGAAUUGCAGCAAAAAACUCAAAAAUUAAAAUUCCUUAAAAGCUCAAAAGUGACUCAAAAGUUUUGUCGAUGAUUCGGUAAGAAAGUAAACCUAAAAGACAACAAAAAAGGUGUUUUGUGAUUUUUGAUUAAAUCAUUUUUUCUGGUAGAAAACAUCGUCUGUAUUUUUAUAAAAUAAUGAAAUCGUGAAAUUGUACGUUUUCCUACGUUUUUUUCCACUUAAGUGCUUUUAUUUAAAAAAUGGCGUCGAAAAUCAAAAAAUUACCUACACAAUGACCUAAAGUUGCUACACGGGUUGAACAAUUUGUUUUAUAUAAUAGAUAAAUUUUUAAAAGUGGCCUGGAGAGUGGCUGUUUCCACGUUCUAAAUAUUUAAAUAUUAUGUAUCAUUAUAAACUGCAUGAUAACAAUCCACCAGGCUCAAAUGAAAAAUUAUGAAAUUGAUAGCUUAAAUGGAAUAAUUGUAUGAAAGGUUGAUAUCUGUUUGGUUAAAACAAAUUACGAAUUCGGUCAAUGGGGAGGGGGAGUAAAAUUAAACAACUCCUCUUUCUCGCUCGCGAUAUGACCUUGAAUUAAAUAUAUUUUUCCGCAGUAGAUUUCUAAUUAUCGGUCGGUUACAAUAAAUAUUCGAUUUUAGUUUAAUUGCGUGUCCUAAUAAAAUUACACAAAUAUUAGUUCCAAAUAUAAUUGUUGGUUUUUCAGUAACACGACUGAUAAACUAUAAUGUCUUAUAAUAGGUACCUAGUUUAUUACAAUUAGUACUUAUUUUUUAUUACUCGUAACGAAUAUUUUUUUUCUGUUCAAUUAUUUCGUGUUUUAUCGUCUUGUAAAUUAUAUUAUUGCGCGAAUACUCUCAGAUUAUUAUAAUACCGAUUACCUAUAUUGUAUUUUUCUUUCACCACAAAAAAAUAAAACGUUAUUUAUUAUUGUCCUUUGUUUUAUUUUCUGAAUACCUACGCAGUAUGUCUGAGAAAUUAUUUUUAAAUUGUCAGCACGAAUUGUCGUUCUACAAAUUACCUAGGGGUAAAAUACAAUAUUAUGUUUUGUUUAAUUUUAAUUAAACUAUUAUUAUAAACUAUAUGGACUAUGUUUAUUAAUUUAGUAUAAUAAUUGUAUGUACGAGUAUUUUGAGUAAUAUAUUAUUUUCGUCUACUCACGAAGGAUCCCAAUGGUCCCCCGCUACAUUGAUACUGAUAUUCUGAAGUUAAACAGAUAUUAAAAUUAUUUUGUGUAUUUGUGUAUUAUAUUGCGUGAUAGAUUAUGUACCAAUGCGUAUUGUAUGAUGUUGUAUUGGAUGUUAAGCGUGAAUACGUUUUUUUUCAAUCACUACCUAGAUGGUUACGCUCUACACCCAUAAUAAGCAAUCAAACUUUUAUUAUUGUCGGUACUGAUUAAAUGCAUAAAAAAUAUACGAUUGGGAAGAGAAAUAUAUCCGUUAUUUUGUCGGCAUUACUGCAUAGAAAACAAAACCAAUACAAAUAUGUUUUUUUUCUGAAGUAUUGAAACUAUUCGACUCUACUAUAAAACAUAAACGAGCCUAUAAAAAAAAAAAUAGGACCGACAAGCGACGUGCUGAAAUUUAUCAAGAGAAAGUAUUAUAUUGUUUUAUAGUUAUGAAUUGUAAUUGAAGUCUUCUUUCAGUUGUUUCAUUAUAGAUGAACAACUUUUAUAAUUUAUGUAACUCGUGAGUUAUAAUUAUUUUACAAAUAACAGUCUUUACUUUUUUAUACCAAGUGUUUUCUUAAAAAAAAAUAACAACAACAAAAAUAUCCAACUCAUAUCAAGAAUUUACAUUUACACAUAUUAAAGUAUAAUUGAAUAAGUUAAAAAUCACAUUUUUCAAAAAACAAAAUAAAAAGAAAGUGUUUUCCUGUGCUAUAUAGAAAGCCGCGAUAGAAUGCCAAUUUUUCUUAAAUAUAUAAUUUGGACUAAGAAAAUUAAAAUUAAGAUUUUAAUUGUUAUCUAGAUUUUUUCAAGAUUGAAGUUUGAAAAAAUUGAAUUCAAAGUCAAAAAUUAAAACUUUUGAGUUUUGAUAAUAUUUAAAAUGGAAUAAAAAGUUUCCAUAUAUUAUAUUAAGUGAUUUUUUUAUAUGGAUUAAAUAUGGGGUUCAAUAUCAAAACUCACACGAUCCAAUGGAGCUUAUUGGUAGUUUUGGCACAAACCGCUAUUUUUCGGUUAAAUUUAGACACGUUCUUGUACGUUUUGAUACGAACUAAUUACAUAAUCGGAUUCACCUCCGAAAAUCCUACAGAACAAUGUCGCUUACUAAUUUUCCCAUUUUUCAGAAUAUGUGUAUUGAUUCUCGCCUAUUUUGUCUUACACCCAUUCGAAUAUAGUCCUGAUUUUAUUUCACUUGGUUACUUUAGAACUUGUUACAAUAUUAUUGUUAUGUAAUAAUUACAGUUUAAUAUAAUAUGAAACACGCGCAGUAACCUUAUACACAAAACCAUCUUUCCGGUGUGUACAUACAUACAUUAUUCAAAAAUAAAUAUAAAAAGAAAAUUAAAAUUUUUUUUUUAUCUCUUAGUCGUACUGUUUUUGUCAGCAUCGCCCGACUAUGAAAACGAUAAUAUUAUUACACGGUAGACCGCCUAAUACUUUUUUAAUUUGUAAAGAUUUCACUUCCUGUGUGGGAUGAUGCCAUCUAUAAAAUAUGAAUUUUUAUCCGUAUAAUAUUUUGCAUUCUUUAUUCUCAAUUUAAGUGUUUUAUCUUCUACUAUAAUACGAAAGUAUUCUUGACAAAAAUUAAAAAUAAAAACUAUAAUACUACUAAAAUAUAUUAAGUAUAUUAAAUAAUAUUAUUGUGUGUGUUUGUGUGUGUGUGUUAGUAAUUUAAAUACGUAAUAAUAAUAUUAUCAAACAUUUGGGUAAAUAUAUUUGCAUUACGGUGCUAUACUAUAGAAUAAAUAAUAUUAUAUUUGGUUUAUUUUGCUUUAUUUACCCACCUAAUAACUAAAUAAUAUUAGUAAUGCAUAAUGUUAUUUUUAAAUUAUUUGUGUACCAUAUAUCUUUAGUGACCGACCAUUAAUGAUAAAUUAGUUUACAGACUGUGAAAUUACGAAAUAAUAACAAUAAAAAAAUAAAAAUAAUGUGUAUAUUUGCAAUGAUUUGUGUGUUGUUUGUUAAAUGUAUACCGAUUUUUAUAGUAAUAUGUAUAUUAAAAGUAUAAAAAUAACAAUAUCCACUGAUGAUAGCGAAAACACUCGGCUAUCAAUAGCUGUUGUUAUUAUUGUUAAUAAUGACAACAAAUAAUCAUAAAAUUUGUAGACAAACGUAAUAUUGUGAAAUCUUCUCUCGAAAAACUAAUAAAUAAUUUAUUUAUUAGGUAUUUGACUGUUUUAUUAUUUUAUCGUUGUUUGUCCUCUACAUAUAUCUAUUUUCAGUAUUAUAAUAUUUUUCUAAUCACACAAUAAUAUAUAAUAAUAUGGUAUUAUUAUAAAUUAUGGAAACUAUAGCUAUAGGUUUUUAUUGUUUUUUGUGUACAACUUUUUUACCGGCAAUCUUGUUCCGAACUAUCAAGCACCUUUUCUGAAAGGUAAUUUUAUCUAUUCAGGUGCAUUAAGGAGGCCACUUUUGAAUUUUUAUAAGAGGUUUUCAAAAUAAUUAUGAAAAAAUCCCUCAAAAAGUAAUAGAUAAAACGGUAAAUAUUUACGACACGCCGCGACAUUACCGAUUUCAUUAUUUUAAUUUUUGCAAACGAUAUUUUCAACAAGUAAUCUUGCUCCUAAUUAAAAGAUAGAUUUUGUUCCUUUUAAUAUAUAGCCAAUGUUAAAGAAAGUCGUUUAUUGAUAUUUAAAGUAUUUUUCAUAAUAAUUGGGAAAAUUGUAAAUUCUUUUUACUAUAAAUAUUGCUUCAAUAAAAAAUAGACUACGAGUUCUUUUUUUUUUUUGGAAUUUCUCUGUAGUUUUAUUAAUAAUUAGGAAAAUCCAGAAAAAAGAAUGCAAGAACGGAACAAUUAAUGAAAAUUCGUAUUUAUUAUUUAAUUUUUUUUUUUUAACAUAAUAAAGUUAAAAAUAUUUGUAGAGACUUGAAAUUAUGAAAGAAAACUUAUAUUUGCUUUUUAUAGACGUAAUAAACGUUUCCAAAACAUUUACAUCUUCGAUCUAUUUAUAGGCAUUUUAAUUUUGGGAGUUUUUUAUGGAAAUUUUAUAGGAGGUUCAUCAAGUAUUGUAAGUUGGUCAAUAAAAAAAAAAUUGAGUGCAUGAUUUUUUUUUUAGAGUUAAAAUCAAAUCAUAAUUCGUAAAUAUAUUGGCUUUUAUUUUGUACUUCAAUAUUAUCAUUAAAAAAAUUGUCUUACACGGUUAUAUUAUUUAAAUUAACUCGGUUGGUAAAAAUAAUAUUUCAGCUAUGGCGGAUUAUUUUUGUUCCGUAUAAAAUAUUUAGUGGAUGGAACUGUAGAACUAUAUGAAAAUAACAUAUAAUAUCGACAUUGAAUUAGAAUGUUUGUUCGAGAAAUUUUAUUGAAUAUUUAUUACUCCAUUAAAUUUGUUAAGUAUUUUACUAUAGAUUAUCUCCAUCAAAUAUUUCGGUUAUCUUACGCGUUAAUUAUAUCCACAUUACGAAAAUAAAUCUAAAUAGCGUUAGACGUUAGUCUGUCAAUACUCGAGACCUAUCGAUUUAAAAUUGUGUAGAUCUCAUAGGGUAGGGGAGGAAGUCGGAGGCUAUUGCAUUAUUUUAUCAACAUAUUAAAAACCAAAUAUAAUACAUUUAUUCAGUUGACUAAGAUCAACGAUUAUAUAUAUAUAUUAUUAAUAUAUACUUCUUAAAUCUAAAAGUUUGCAAUUUAUGUAUUUUUGUUUUAAACUAACAUACUUCACACCAUAAAUAGGCCACUGUUGUAGGCAGGAAGUUUGGAAUAGAUAAUUAAUGUAAUUUAUAUCUUUAGGUAUAAACACAACGAUACAUCAUAGUAAAUAAAAAAUGAUUCUGAGUGAAGUCAAGAGUUUUAACAUACAUUUUAACUUAAAAAACAUUGAAAAUAAACUAUAAAAUUAAUUUAAAAAAAGAACUCGAAAAUUUCAAAAAGAUUUGAUAACUCGAAAAACUAAAAUAUUUAAAUGAUUGCACCACAUCUAUAAAGUGCUAAUUAAUAUAAGUAUGAUGUGAAAGUUUCACAGGUCUGUAAAUUUUUUUACUGAAUUAAGUACAGAAAAAAAAAACACGAACAAUUGUAAUUUAUUUUAUAGUAACAAAUUAAUACAAUUUUAUUUUAUCAACAACAAUUUUACAGAACUUGGAUCUGAAUCAUUUUUCAUUAGCAAUGAUUUAUCGUUGCGUCCCUAAAUUAAAUUACCCUAUAUGAAUAUAUUAUUCUUUCGUCACUUAAUGUAUUCAAUAUUUAUCGAACAUAUAUUUUUCUGCAAAAAAAAAAUACCUAUAAUAAUAACAAUUUAUUGUUCAGAUUAUUAAAGUUCAAUGUAAUAAUAUAAUUUUUUUUUUUUAAUUAUUUACAUACCACUUAUCCUAAUUUUUUUUAUAUAUUUCAAAUUUAAUUAAUAAUUACAUAUAAUAAUCAAUUUAUAUUUAAUUAUUUGUUAAAAUUAAAAUCAACGAGGUCAACACGUCAGGAGAGGCGAGUGAUCUAAUCAGAAGAAAAGGGAUGCCCUGGGCCUUACUGCGCAGACUCGGGUUUUAAUCCUACUCCAGAUAUUUGUUUAUUAUUCAUUUGUACGCAUUAAAUUUUGUUGCAUACCUCAACAUAUACAUAGAUAUAUAUAUUUUUUUAACAUUUAAUUGCCUUGGAAACAUUAUAAUAUAUUAUUGAGGUAUAUUACUUGUUAGAUGGGUACUUAAUUAUUUUAUUAUAAAAGUAAACGAUUAUAUUAUUAAACGCUUAAAUACAAAUUUUGACAUUGUUCUAAAAAUAUUUCCAAUUAUUACGAAAAUUACAAGGAAAAUCAAAAAAAUACUUUCUCAAUGUACCAACUAUUGACAGGAUUUAGUAUCAGAAAUCCAACCUUGAAAUUGAUGAUUGGAGCAAUAAUAUGUCUGGUUGAAAAUUGAUUGACAAAGUAAAAAAACCCAUGAUGGGUUUAAAACCAAUGCAUUUCUCAUUGUACGCUGAGAGUCUAAAAUUUAACCGAUCCCUAUAAUAUAUUAUUAACUCAUAUAGACGAUAUUAUAUAAUAUUAUAAAUAAAUACGUUUACUUUAUAUAUUAUGGUGUUUGUUUUUAUAGACAAUUUGUUCAUACAUAUUAUAUAUUAUAUAUAGAUUCCUGCUUAAGUAUUGAGUAUAUUAAGACUAAUUUAUGACGUUAUCGAAUGAAACGUUUGUUUAAUUUAGAGGUAUUAUAUACCUGUAGGUACGUUACGUUUUAGUCGACGUUUGUUUUGUAAAAAAGUAAAUUCGGCUAUGCGGAUAGUAAAUAUGAUUAUCGAAUGAAAAGUAUUAAGUUUUCAAUGAAAAAACCGCGUCAUAUUAUAUCAUAUAUAUUAUAUAAUAUUGCGGUUCGUGAUACGAACGCGAACACGACAUGGUCUUAUAGAACUUGUUGAACGUUGUGCUAUUAUAACGUUCGUACUAUUAUUCUAUAGGUACAUGUAAAUCGCCGUGUCCAAUCGUAAGUCACUGCUGCGGCAGCUUAAAAACUGCCUUGACCCGUAAUUGAAGAUAGAACUAAAAAAAAAAAACUACAAAAAAACAAUUCGAUUAUAUCGAAUCCGGAGAAACCUUAAUCGUCGGCUAUGCGUGCGGGGCGCUUUAUGAUAAUAAUAAUUAGGUAUGGGUGUACCGAUAAUAUAUUUAAUAUGCGUGUGGGGUUGACGUGUGUCGACCACGUCUGCGGUGUGCAAGAUCAAUUACGAAUAUUAACCUGUCGUCGUUCGUAUUAUUAUUUUCGUGUUCGUAAAUUGCCUCUAAACUUGCAGUGCAGUGCACGCAGUGUGUAAUCUAUAAUGUAAUGAUGAAUAUUAUCAUUGCUCACCGGAUGAUAAAAUCAUGACCUCGAAAAUUAAAUAUUAAAAAUUCGCUAGGUGAACUUAUAGGCAUAUAUAUAAUAUGCAUUGGAAUUAUUGACGAAAACGGAUUAUUGUUUUUAUUACUUUUAUUACGUUUCAAAAAAAAAUAAUAAUAAGGUAGGUGGCAACGAUAAAUCAUUGUUUACGAAUUACGAUAUUUUGGGCAAAAUUUGGUUAAAUAUGUUUUGUAAUACCCAGAUUUUUAUCUAAAUUUAAACUUUAAGUACUUUAAACAAAAAUAAUUACUACAUUACGUAAAAACAUUUUUUUUACCAUCAAGUACAACACGUGAUAAAUGUCGUAUAAAAUUUUCAAAUAUUUCUUCUCGCCAAAAAAUUUUUAUUCAUUACAUUAAAACUUAAAAAAAACUAGGAAAUGUCAAAUGCCUAUAAAUAGCUUAAAAAUCGCCAGAAAAUUUUACUUUGUUUAGAAAUGUCCAACAUAAUUAUUCUGUGGAAAUUAUAGAUCUAGUUUUCUACUUUUUUAUCGGCUCUAAAGAAAACUAUAAAAAAAAAAAAUAGAAAAAUCCCCCCCCCUCAUGCACCGAUUAGAUAAAAUAUACUACCAGAAACCAGCCUUGAAGUUGAUGGUCAGUGCGAGAUUUCUGGUAGAAAGACGUUUUGUUACCCAUGGUGAAAUGACUGUAACCCGCUUAAAAAAAAAAACCACAAAAAGUUUUCUUUUCUUCCCUGCUGAUACUAUACUUUUUGUUUAUGUUUAACUUAUUUUCUCGCGAAGGACGUAGAAGACGUAAUUUAGCGUUAGCUAAUAUAAUAUCAUUAUCAGGGCCGUUCUAAGAGGGGGCACUGCCCUAGGGCAAGGGCACCGAAGUCGUUCUAAGUGUACAGAGCGCUAAAUCUUAGAUAUAUAUAUAUAUCAAGUUAAGGCACUAAACACGGCGAUUGCCCUUAAGUACCAAAGUUCGUGCUAUAGUUGACAUAUUACUGAGUAUUAUUACUUAAGAGAACGCCACUUCUGUAUUUACAAGUCUAAAUACCGAGCAACUUGCGAAAACAAUGCUUACGCAACCUAAGUAAACUAGUUUAAUUUUGAUUUUAGAGUAAAAAAGUAUCUGUUAUGAAAUUUAUAGAAAAUAUUUUUGGAGGGAACCUCAUCGGGUUUUAGUAUGAUUCUAAAUAUGUAGCUCGUUAUAAAAGGCACAGUAACCUUUCUUUUUUUUUAGUUUUUUAAAUAACUAAAUUUUUUAAUAGUUCAUAAUUCAAAAAACAACUAUGAGGUCCCCUUCAAAAUAUUGUUCUCCAUACAUUUUAUAAUAGUUACUUUUGCUUUAAAAUCAAAAUUAAGUUAGUUUUACUUACUCUGCGUAAACAUUAUUUUUGUAUGGUACCCGGUAAUUGGACUGAGACAGUAGAUGCGGGUGUGGCGUCCUUUUAAAUGAUAAACUUCGGCGUAUAUUAAUAUACAAUUUGUAACUUUGUGACAUGUUUCCUCUAUAUAGGUACUUCGUCGCUCGUAAUUUUUUUUUCCUUUGAUUAACUUACACUUGCCACCGGACGAUUUUCACGUCCAAUUCGGUAUAAUAAUACGAGAUUAUAAUAUAUGGAUGUGUGUAUACAAUAAUAAUAACAAUACUAUAGUAACUAGCAGUAGACAGAGAGAAAAAAAAGAAAGGCGGUGUAGCUGCCGUCGAUCUGUCAAUGACCGCAUGGUGGCAAUGCGCGUGUAGUACCUGUGUUGAAAACCAUCGUCGUCCUCGUAACGGUAUACGCAUUUCGUACGCACAUUUUUCAUUCCGUUAUCGAUAAUAGAAUAAUAUAGUUAUGUCGUACGCGUAUAAUAUUUCUCAUAUUAUUUCGGUUAUUUUUCAUUAUUUGUCUAAAAAGAAAAUUGACGACAAUCUCUGCACGUUUUAUGCGUGUGUUUAGUCGAGAUGGUCGUUCUUCCGGCGAGGUUCUAUCUCGUAUUUCAGGACCGGAUCCGUUCGGUUUAAAAUGUAACUGAUCAGUCGAGAUUUAACAAAUUUCUUAUGCAUUAUUUAUAACAAAAUAUUAUUCUCUAUCAGUCUAUCAUUUGUAUUAUUAUAAAAUAACAAAAUACUAACACAUCAUAUUAAUUGCUUAACUACAUGGUGGUGUAAUUCAGGCCUGAAUAAUAUUUCUGUAUUUAAAUUUAAUGGUACUGAAAAUAUUGUUCAUUAUUAAUUGUAAUUAGAUAAUACAGACUUUUUUAAAUUAUAUAAAUAUUUAAUUAGGGGGAGACUAAUUUUCUUCUCUUAUUCAAAGGUGAUUUUUUCGGUUCAAUAAUCGGCGUCGGUCAUAAGCUAAGCUGUAGCUGCGAAUGAAAUCUAGUCACGCCCAUGAAACGGGGAAACAUUGUCCUCGACAUUUGGACGAAAUAAGACGAGAGUGAGUAUUAUAAAUAAUAAGAUGUACUGGUACGGGCGCGUUGAGUGAUGAAGGACAAGAUAUAUAGUGAAGAAGAUGAUUGCAUACGACUAUAUUAUAUAGAGAUUACGAUAAGGGGAGGUAUGAGGUCGUGAUGUGUGAAGUAUAGAGACGAAGAAACGGCGACGGAUACGGGGUGAUGAGUUUGCGUGAAAGGCGAGAAUAUAGCACCAGUAGCUAACAUUUGCGUGGGAUAUGUAAAGGCGGAGGACUAAGGAUAGUGUAUAGAAAAUAAGAUGUUAUAUAAUAUACGUAUGUGGGCGACGUUCGCGUAUAAUAUUAUAUAUUGUAAUAAUAACGGAAUUCGUGACGCUGUUACGGCGGCGGCGGUGUCGGAAUCGUGAUUACGUCGAAGGGGUUGUAAUCCGAACGGGGUUAUGGAUCCUGCUAUACGGCGGACCCGUUAAUCCGGCUUAUAUAAUUAUUAUUUAUAAUAUAUUAUAGCUGCUAUACUUUGGAACGUAUAAUUUAUUUUUUAUGAUAAUGUUAUUGUGAAUUUCACGCCCGCUUCAAUAAUAUUUAUUAUAAUCCGCACGGGUGCGGUCGGGUUUUCCGUCAUAAAAUAACACGGGCAUUUUCGUGAUAGCCAUAAGUAGUCAGUCAUUUCCACAUGUUUGGUUCACAGAAAAAUAAAAAAAAAAAAAACUAGUAAAAAUUAGAUACUUAUAAUAGUGGAAUAUUGACGGAAUAUAUUUUUUUUUCUUCUCCGGAGAUUCGCGCGUGCCCGUACCGCGUUUUACGGUACACCCGGCCGCAUAUUUACAGACCCUAUUCGCGAGUUCUCGCGAGGUAAACCUACAGCCCAAUACGUGGUCGAUGAGAAACCACGUGUUUAAUGUUUACAUAUCGCUCGGGCCGAAUAUUCUGAUAGGGUCUGCAAAUACGCUAUCCGGCCGCAGCCGUCUAAAUAUUAUAUUUAUAAUUCUUACGGAUAAUAAUAAUAGCAUAAUGUGCAAAUAAUGUGUACUUACAAUAGUGUUAUUAUACGGUGCAGAUACAGUCAAACCGAGCGGAACGGACCGCGUAAUAUGCGUCGUCGACUGUCGUAAUAUUUUUUUUUUUACGUUGUUCUUGCGUUUUUACCGCAGCAGUCAUUUCGAAUUUGUUCACGGGACGCAAAAAACUAACAUACAAACGAAGAAGUCGGGACGGUAGACGGGAAAUUGAAUGAAUAUCUAUUCGCGAAGAUUAAUCAUUGCUAACAGAAAACGAUUCUGAGUGGAGUUCGGUUGUAUAUGUUUUGAAAGACCGUAAUAUUUACGAUUUGAAAAUAUAAUACGUUCCGUGAGUUUUCCCGAUUUUUUCUAUUUACUAUGAAAACUCCGAAAAAAUGAUCUCAAAGAACCACCCCAGUAAAAUUGUCUUUCAUAAGAAGUGCUACACUUGAAAGUCGGAGCAAAAUGUCUGAUAGAAAAGUUAUAUACGGAAAAAUAAAUAAAUAUCUUUGUAAAACCAAUAUAUUCCUCAUUCCGCCCAGAAUCUAAAAAAUACAAAACCGACAUACUUCGCAUUACGGACGGGCCACAGUUGUAGGCGGGAAUCUGGAAGGAUGUAGAAUGAUUUAGUUUACCUUUACAUAUUAUGUACGCAUCUGUUCGGCACCGGGUCUCUAUUCCGGUUGUUUGAUAUAUCGGCGUUCGGGUUUUAUCGUGCACGUGCGAAAAUUUUGCUGGUAUAUUGUGAAAUCGCUCGGUUUUUGGAGCCUUCGCCAGUCGACAUUUAAUAGAAAAUAACCUUUGAUUUGUUAUGCAAAAUCGCGUUGGGGCGUUCGCGGAGGAAAAAUUGAGAGAAUAAAAAACACCACGAAUAUGUUCUACGGAUCGUCGCGCGGUGGUUAUAACGGCCUUUAUUGAACGCCGUGCCAUAUGGUGAGUCACCGUUGUUUCAAUCAAAUUACCGACGCCCAAACCAAAAGAGCGGCAAAAUAUCUCGGCACUUGGCGCACGGUUGAAUGGACAUCCGGGGAACGCUUCCUAUAUAGAUGUUGAAACGGAUACCAGAAUGCUUAUACGCGACCCGGCUAUAAUAUUGACUUUUUUUUUUUUUAUUAUUAUUAAUUUGUAAAGCAUGUUAUAUUAUAUACUGCUGUGCUGUCCGAUGCGCGUUGCAUGUUGUACUCUCUCGGUGCAUAGUUUGGCGUACGACGAAAAUUUAGCGCGCGCGCAUGACGAUAAUAACAUAUUAUUAUCGUGUGUAGUUUAUCGUUAUCGCUACAGUAGAUUCACCUUAUAAUAUUAUACACUCUAUCCACUAUUUUAAUCAUUAUUGUUAUUAACAUUUUGUGCAUAUGCGCGUCGUCGGCGUCACUGCAUUACACUGUAUUAUAAUGGAUCCACAUUCCAUAUUAUAUUAUCGUGACGGCCUAAUUCUCAAUAUUAUUAUUGUCGUAACUCCAAAAAAUGUAAUUUUGUGUUUAUGAUAUUUCCAAUUAAAAUUAACGCGUCGUUUAAAAGCGUGUCGGAUCGAGAAUUCAUAGUUAAUUCUCCCGCGAAAGUGCUGGCAAAAAUAGGUAGACUGCGAAAUGGUCGCGUCGAAGAAAAAAUCUUAACUCCGUCGAAUUUUCGAAGUUUUAUGAAAUAUUGUCAUUUUAAAUUUAGGACUUUUGCGAAUAAAACGUUUUAUGCUUCUCCUGAACAGUGGCCAUUUUGUUAGAUUUAGGACAAUAAUUGGGAAUUAGGCCGACGAUAUUGUUAUUUUGUGCAUACGCGUCGUUUCUCGUCCUCGAUACAGGAUAUUUUAUACCGGGUUCGCCACGUCUAUAAUAAAUGUAUCGCUAUAUACUAUGCAUAUAUUACAUAUGUAUGUACGGUCAGUAAUUUGAGUAUCGUAUAUAAUAUAUACAAAGCGAUUUUUCUCGACACAUAAUACCCAUUUAUUUCGGAAAGUACUAUAACUUUUAUAUAGACGUUUUCUUUUUGAAAUGUAUACAUAUGUCAUAUAUUUAUUUAAGAUACAAGCAAUAUUCUCGAAUUUGACAUUAUUAUUCCUUUAUAUUUUUCCUAUCCUUAUUAUCGGCCGGUGAAUAUCAUUUGGUUAUAUGAUCUGACUUACAAACGCGUGAAUUUGAAUUCAGAAGAACUAAUUUUGUUUGCAUAUUAUAUAGAGUCAAUUGAGAUAUUAUCAAACUUAAAAGUAAGAUAAACUUUGAAUUUUAAGCGAGACAUAAGCAUUUUUGAAUUUUAAUAUUUCACACACCUAUAUUUCGCUUAAAAAAUUAAAUGACAAAAAAACUAACGUAUACAAACACAGAUAAUGUUCUUUCCUCUAGUUUUGAAGUCAAUUCACUCUAAUAUUAAAACUUAUCUUCAUCAAAUACAGAGAUGGAAGAAAUAUGAAUAAUAUAUAAUUUAAAAAUUGCAGGCAAAUGUACAGUUUUUUUUUUUUCUGAAUGGAGGAGUACGACAUCAAAUGUGUACUAACCAUCUCUAUUUUCGGCUCAAUAUUGGUUCUUGGAUCCGCUGAAUGUAUGCCCUUUUAUAGUUUUUGAACAGUCUACUCAUCGUAUAGUCGAAGUCUUUGGUCCUACAGCGGCCUUUUUCCUUUCAGGUCAUCUUUAUAAUUACCGCUCCUAUUGUAGGUGAUUGCAUGUAACUAUUUUAAAUUUCCCGCGAAGAAAAUAUCGAUAACAGUUAAUAUAUUUUAUACCGAAACAGUGAGCAUUUUUGAGUAUUUUGCAAUCGCCCUGUAUAAUAUACUAUCCGCAUACUCACGAUCCGUCCGCAAUACUACUUACGCGGGUGUGCUGAAUGAUGUUACGCUGCUGCGCCUUUACCGACGAUUGUUUUAUUAUUUAAUGCGCGAAUAUAUUAUAAAAUAUUGGGUUAGGUUAUGUUAACCUAUACUACUGUCAUAAUAUAGUAUUAUAAUAAUAAUGUAUGCUGUCAUUCGUACACUUUGAUGACGUUUAAUCAUACCUUUAUAACAUUGUAGGGUCGGGUUAAGGUAGGUAUAUCUAAUUAAAGUAUGUUUUUGAGAGACAUUUUACAGGGACAUGACAUUUUGCUUAACGCUGCGGUACGUAUCAUUAUUGCGUCUACGUUUAUUUUAAAUACGAAUUUGUAAUAUUAUUUUAUAUGAACUAUAAUUUUGUAUACGAGUUUGUUAUAAAAUGUUCUAUAAUAAAAUAUUUUUUAUCGUAUAUAACAUAUAUUAGAGGCUGCUAUGGGGGGGGGGAUAAGGUUUUAACAGUUAUUGUUAUAAUUAACAUUUUUUUUUUUCGUAAAUAAUAAAUAAAGGUAUUCAAAUAUAUAAAAUGUUUUUCGAAUUAUUACGAAUUAUUCAACACCGCAUUUAAUGAUUGGGCGAAAUAAUGCAGUACAUAAAUAAUAUUAUUAUUAUGAUAUUUUUAUUCGAAAUUAAAAAUUAUGUUAAUUUUACCGCGAAUUUCCAUAAAAUACAAUAUUAUUAUAACAGCGAGGUUUAAUUGUUUUUAUAUCUUAAAAACCUAUAAGCAUCCAAUAUAAUAAUUAUGAUGCGUGAGUGAUCCAAAUGAUUGAUUAGAGAAACCUGUUUAUACAAUUCCCGAUAGGUACAUAUAAUAUAUUAUUAUUAUUUUGCCGAUUCCGCGUCUUUUUUAGUUUUUUUUUUUUUUUGUUAGGAAGCAAAAGUGUAUGACUGUACCACCCAAGAAUUAAUCUCACACUAGUCAUUUUUUCAAAAAAAUACUAGUUUGUAUUAAUUAUACGUGACACAAUGUAUGUUUUCGUUUUAAAAUUGACUGCUACUUUUUAAACAAAUAUCUGCCACGGUCUCGAUUUCGAGAAUUAUACUUUUUUUUUCUUUUAAUUUUAACCUAUAUUAGUAUAAAAUGUUAUCAGACCAAUACUUUCCUUCUAUAAAAAUAUACACUUAAGAAAAUUACAAAAAAAAAAAAAACAACUCUGCUUUAAUAAAACAUAUCGAUUCUUUAUGCUUCCCGUCAGUUUUAUUGUUGUUUAUAUAAUUAACCGGGCGUCACCCUAAAGUGUAUAAAUCAAUAUAGGGGUUCAAAAACAAUUUCCAUAAAAUAGUACCGAAUAAGUUUUAUCUAACCUUAAAAAUAUAAUAUUAGUUGAGAAAAACUCGUUCAACGAUUAUAAUAAUCCUUUUUGCGUUUCAUGUUGUUAAUAACAAUUGGAAUCAUCGGGUUUCUCAUAUACCUAAUGCAUUACACUUAAUUUUAUUGAAGUAUAUAAGUAAAUCGAAUUAUUUAUUUGAACUUCCUGCGCAGUCAGCUGCAGAUAUUAGUCAACAAUUGUAGUCAUAAUUUUUAGUUUUAAGUAUGAAUUUUACUAUAAGUAAUAUGAUUUAAACUCUUGUUUGUCCACUAUACAAAUCUACAAUUUUAUUUCGAUCUUGAUGAAACUUUGCAAAUUUAGCAUUUAAAAUAAAAGUAAUAUUGGUAUCUAGUUUUUUUAAAUUUUAUUUUAUUUUGAGAUUUAACCCUUAAAGAGUGUGGCUGACCCAGCGAGGUUUUGGUAUAUUUGGAUAGAAAAUUUCACUUUUUUUUUUAUUUAUAAGCUAAUUUUGGCGAUACGGAUGAAAAAAAAAUCGUUAUUAUUAGUUAAUUUGAUUUUUCCAGGUAAUAAAUUACCUGGCAACAACGAAUAACUGCGAUUAGCAUAAGGGUGAUAAUCAGGAGACACGUUAAAUUGAAUUUAUUUUAUUGAUUUCUGUUUUUGAAAUGAUUGAGCCUGAGAAAUACCGGGUAAUUCAGUUAUAAUUAUUUUAUGAAAUGCAAUUUAUAGUAAUGCACUAUAUAAUGAAUUACACUCGUAUAAACUAUAUUUGUAAUUUAUUAUUCAGAUCACUGAAUAAAUGAACAUAUACAACUGCAAUAUUAUCAGAAGGUCAGUGGCUUGCGCAGGAUUUUAGAAUGGGUGGGGGCACUAAAGUUUCAUUAAAUAUGUUUACUAUACUUACAGCAGAGAUAGUGCUUAACUUGCCCCUAUUUAGGGUUGUUGACUUCUAUUAUCGCCCACACCCUUGGCCACACGCCAAGAUUGUAUAAGAGAUCGCAAAGGUCGUACUUUGUGUAUAUUUUUGAUUUUAUAAUCAAAGUAUUGUUGAUAGGAAAAUUGGUGUAUGUAAAUAUAUUGAUUAUAUGAAGAAAAAAAAACAUAAAUAUUUGGUGUAUAUAAUAUAAUAUUAUUGAAAUGAUUUCAUUAUUAUAUAAUGUAAUGAUCAGAUAAAUUCGAUUAAUUAUUCCAUAGUAUUACCUAAUCGUUGUAGACUAAAUCAGUUUCUAUUAUUCUAUAUUGUUAUUAUUUUUUUUAACACUUCGUUUUUAAUAUUAUUAUUGUUUGUAACUUAUUAAAAUUAAUGAUGUUUACACAUUACAGUUUAUUAUAUUAUAAUGAACAUGGUAUUACUUUUUUAAAUUUCUUUUAGCGUUCCUCGUCUUAUAUCGGUUCGCUAUACGUCACAGCGAUGAACUUCUAUAUAAGAUUAUUCUGAGCUGGCAACAGCACAGGUAAUGUGAACGUGAUAAAUUUAUCGUAAUCCUGGAUAGGAUCCAAAGCUUUUGUGGUAAGGGGUUUUUUUUUUUUUUAUUAACGGUUAAGUGUUUGACGAUUUGGUCUAAUAAUAUUACGUUGGCUAGUUGAACAGUAUAUAAUACGAGUAUACUUUGGUAAUCGAAUUAAAUUCAAUAAUAUUUAUUUAAAAUAUAAUACCUAACGUAUAAAAAAUAUAGAAGCGUGUUUAAUACAUUAUUUUCUUAAAACCAACGAACAAGUUACAUACCUUAUAAUAAUAUGGUUAAGCGUAUUUCAUACACGAAUAAUAUAAUAAAGUGUAACAUAAUAUUCUGAUAACUGAACAAUAUCUUUGAAGUAGGGAUACACGAGUGUACUCGUAUGCGUAUAAAUAUGUUGUAAGUCAAUUCACAAAGGCAGGUAGGUACCUAUACUUAAUCUAAGUAAAUAUAUGCUUUUUAUGAUUAAAUAUACUAUGACUAACCGUGUUUAUUAUAAUAAUAUUUGCCCACUUUUUUAGCAAAGUAGGAUUUGCUUUAAGUAUCAAACAAUAUGCAGGGUGGUCUAGCGAUUUUUCGUAGGAUUUUAAGUGAUGCAUUUGAUUUCUGUUUUUGCUUUCAAUCAUUGUGGAGUAUUUUAAUGCUAUAUUCAAAUUUGUACUAUUUAUUAUUUAAUGUUCCUUAAAUUAUUAAACGUUUUGGAUUUUCAAACCUUCCGCCUUAAUUUAAACAGUUAAAAAUUUAGACCGGAGAAGUAGGUAAGGUUAUCAAUUUAUCAUCUAAAUAUGAGUAUUCAUUACUCCGUCUACAUUGUAAAUUUUUGUUACUCUUCAAUGAUAAAUCCCAUAAUAUUAGUGUUAUGCAUAUUAAGAUUAUUAGAAAAAUAUUCUCUAUUCGAAUCAGUGUUUUAAAAGAGUAUCUGCUAUUUUAAAUUCAAAAGGGUAUAAUCAUUUAAAGUAGGUAAAAUAAGGAGUGAGAGUAAACAAUUGAAAAUAAUGUUAAAUAAAUAGAUAAAACUUUUUCAGAAUGAUUGAAAAAAAAAAAACAACAAAGAAGUCAAAUUCACUUAGAAUGUUCCGAUAAAAUCACUGGAUCGUGAUGUUAAAUGGACUUCUUUGUAUAAUCUUCAUAAAAUAUAUAGUGUGCACGUAGUUAUAUAUCGUUCACAUUAAAAACGCAUUAAAUAUUAUAAUUAUAUAUGUAAAAAAAUAUAACCAUCAAUAUUUCACUGUAAUAAUUAGUGAUGGGCACUUCCCAUGUGUAAUUAAUACUCUUGAAAGAGUUGAGAAUGUUUGGACGAACUAUGGAAUAUUUCGUUUAAACAUUUUUCCACUAUAGAAUAUUUUGAAAAACUAUAUUAUAUAGUUUUUUUCAAUAACCGGAAUAGUUUUCAAUCCAUCGAAUAGUUCGAUAGUAAUUAUUCAAUAAUAAUUGAAAUAGAAUUGUUUCGUAAUAGUGUACAAUAAUUAAUAAUAUUGUGAUAUAAUAAAUAAAUUAAGAUUUAGACUUAUUUUAUUUCACUGAAGAUGCUCUGUCAAAUCUGGUUUCUUGCGGGUUUUUUUUAAUUUCUCAAUCGGUUCCGUCGUUCGUUUUGCUUACGUAAAGAAAGAAGAAAAAAAGUAGGUUAAAUCGUUUUCGAUUUUUUUUUUCGCCCUCUCGAAAUAUACCGGAACAGGUCCUCCGUUAUACCGAUGUGAAUUUCAUAUCAUUAUAUUUUUUUUUUAUCCCGGAAGGAUUUAUAUGCAUCUAUUUCUUUUACGUACGUCGCGCAAUCAUACUUAUGUUAAUAUAUAAUAUUUAUGUAUGUACUCGUACACGCGCCCAAAGCGGUUACGCACUGGUCUUAAACGAAAAGUUUUCACACGGUAAUCGUCUUUUUGGUCGACGUCGGUGAACUUAUUUGGAUUUUUUUUGUGUAAGCAUAUAUUAUAUGCUGAGCAUUUUAUUGAGAGUUAUUGUCGUUCGGCUCAGAGGGCAACGAUCCUCCGGCGGCAAUGCCUGGAAAACCGGCGUAGGCGACACGUGCCGUGCCAUGUCUGUGUGCGUAAGCAUUUUUUUUUUUCCUAGUUGCCGCCGACUAUUUCAGGCGUUCGAAAACGACGCCGUUUUUUUAUGCAUCACUUCUGUACAUUCGCCGCGUUUUAAAAUACAUGAUAAAAUUAAAAUACCAUGACGUCAUUGUCAACACAUACUAUAUUAUUGUAAUAUUGAUAUCCCGUUAGUGAUCAUGCUGCUUUAAUUGUUUUUAAAAGUCGUGGAAAAUAAAAACAUUAAAAACUGAAUACUUUUAAUAUACCUUCGUAUACGUAUUUAUGUAUUUAUCGAAAUAUAGCCCGCAACCUUGUUUGUGUUUUUCGAUAUUUUCAUUUUCAAGCGAGAUAUAAGCGUUUCGAAAUAGUGAUAACUCACAUGCUCAUAUUCACGAGACAAUUAAAAUUAGAGAUCGUUGAGGGCGGCCAUUGCUUCAAAACAAUUAACUUUUCUUUACAUUUCUCUCUGUUCUAGUGCAGUCACCUAACUAUUAUAUAUAUGUUUAGAACAUAAAAAAAAACAAAACCCGAGGAGCGAUUUACCGCGAUGAAUUAGGUCAUUUUUUUAUAAUAAUACGGUGAUAAUAUUAUAUUCCCUCGUUUCCAAAGUUUUAGAAUACAAGGUCGGCAUAAAAGGCUAGGAGCAAAGAAUGUUAUAUUAGUUUUACGAUGACGUGUGUCUUUUUUUGUGUGGGCAACUUUUCUCCCAAAAAUCUUGUUCAAAUCAAAAAUGACAAGAGAUCUUUUUUGUUACAUUUUAGUUGUUUUAUCUAGUUGGUAUAUUAAGAGUUCAUUUUUUUUUUUUUUCGUAAUAUUUAGAAAAAACCGGACAAAUAUUUACGGUGACAUGACGUUACUGAUUUCAUUAUAUUACAUUUUUGACGACUUAUGUUUUCUACCAGAAAUCUUACUUCGAUCAAAAGAUUACAAAAGACCUUUUUUUGUUGAAUUUUAGAUUUAAUUGGUCAGUAAUAAAGUCGUGAUUUGAUAUUUUAACCGGUUUUUAUAGUUAUUGGGGAAACACGUAGAAACGGGAAAGUUACGGCAUUAAUGGUUUCGUUGUUUUCGAUUUUGGUUUUUUGUUAUAUAUUGGUUGAAAACUAUCAGAGAAAAUUGAAAUUUUCACAUACUUAUAUUACCAUUUUCUAAACGUGUUAAAGUGUUCAAAAUAUUUUGGCGAUUUUUGAGCUAUUUAUAGGCUUUUUUUGUCUACUAGUUUUUAAUUUUGUAGGUAUUAUGUGGAUAUAUGGAUUGACUAAAGCAAAUGCUUGAAAAUUUAAUUCAUUGUUUCUUUAUAAUCGUUGUAAGAUCAAAUUUCGACAAAAGUCGUAAAUAUUACGGCAUUUCGAAACAAGUAUAACUGCAGAACGUCACUUAGAAUUGUGUUUCUUUAGCCACAGUUUAUCGCUGCUAACAGAUAUAAAUUAAUUAACUUUACGUGCCCUACCUUCCCAAUUUCCCAUCUUUUUUUCCUCAUCUCUACAGCACGGCGGGGAGGGAGAACUGCGUUAGGAGAACCCCCUCCUGCAGUGUGUCGACCUUAUAUCUGCUAUAAAACCGUGUUCGUCUCUAAUAAUAAUUAUGUCGCCUAUAUUUAUUAUACACUGCAUUUGUCGGGACCUGCGUCAAAUCGCGUGUACGGAGCACGCAGGUGAGCGUGCGUAUUGCUAACUAGUGUGUGCUCGUCAAGACGCGUUGCUGGUGAAAAAAAAACAACGACAUACCUGACCAUACUCGGACGACCGGCCGACCUUACUACUACCCUUCUCCUCGUCGUCGUAUGAAGUUUUCGUAACGGAAAGCAUUAUAGUUCUACAGCCGCUCGGCGGUGGCGAAAGAAGGCCUGUAUUUGAUGUAUUAUUAUCAUUAAGUCACAUAUUAUUAUUAUGUUUAUGUAUUAUGCUUUUGCAUAUUUAUAUUGGUCGGUCAAAAAAAUAACUAGUUUACACUGAAAUUCGUUCCACGACCCUCCGGUAUCUAUGCACGCAAAGUACGCAAACAUUACAUUCGCAUAUUUGUGCGCUUACGGAUUUUGUACGCAUCCAGGGCAUAUUUUAAGGAUCUUGUACGUGUUUCAGACAUUUUCAACUCGACGAAUCGAGAAUCACAAAACAAUUGUUCGAAAUGUAUAAAUAUCAGCAGGCGGGCUGCAGAUAACAUUAAAAGGCACCUGUGUUUUAGCUAAAAUAUGUAUUACGAAUAAAUAAUAAUGAAAUACAAUUUCGGGAUAUUUUUUUUUUUUUAGUAUCAAUGUUAUGUCGUGUAAUGUAAUUUUUAAUGCACAUUUGUUCACAUAACUAAAAGUUUUUUAGGGUGCAUGAAUAUUUGCCCUAAUUAUUAUUAUUACGUGGUAUUUUGUUCACGAAUACAUAAUAUACGUUUAUAUAAUGAUAAUUAAAAAAAUAAAAACAUAUACCGCCGCCGUCGAACACGUGGUGUAUGGAUAAUAUAUCGACAAAGUCUGGUGUAUUUGCGUGCACGCAAUCUCAUCCGGUCCGUUAUAAACAUUAUUAUUAUCAUAUUGACAUACAGUGUAGGCACAUAGCAUACGAAGACGACGGUCGGUUCGGUUACCUCAGAGUCUAUUAUUAUAAUAUUAUGAUGGUCUAUUCCCCCUCCUCCCCCGUUAUUACUUUUUCUUUUUACUAUCUGUCCGGGAUUUUUUUUAAAUUAUUACAUUCGAUUCCGAGAAUGGCAUACAGUGUUACUAAGAUGCGGUUUUUUCACGGAAAACCCCCUUUUCCCGGUUAUUAAAAGUUAUCGGGUUUUUUUUUCACGCCGUACUUUAAAAGAUACUAAUUUUUCGCUCGGCAGUAAUUUAUUUCAACGGCGUGUCUCGAUUCACGACUAUUAAUCUAAAAAAUUGAAAAACCUAUCUAGAUGAUAAGCAUAUUUUUUCUAAUCUCUUGUCUUAACCAGUUAAAUGAGAAAUAAGUUACCUGAGAUAACUAUUGUUAGUAAUUAUUUAGUUAAUAAUUCAUAAUUUACAUAUUUUUAAUAACGAUUGGUAAAACACUAAAUUUAUAUCUAUCACAUAAACUUUAUUAAAUGCGGAUGUUUAUCAAAUUUGGUACACUUUUAAUAUUUAUAUUAGUGUUAUUUGUAAAAUAGUUUCAUUUUCAAAAUUAUCUUUUUUCGUAUAAAGUGAAAGUGCCUAAUUUGUUAUUGUUUCUAGAUAUUAGAUAAGUUAUGUAUCUUUAUGUUAUAACACUGUAGUAUAAUAUACUAUAAUAUUAGUUUAUACGCUUUCAGUAUAUAAACUAAUAAUUGCCCUAUGCCCUAUACCUUUGAAACUUCACAUUGGAAACAAUAUGUAGUUUCGUUAUACCAUUAAUUACUUUACGAAAUAGAAAACAAAAUUUUUAUUAUGUAUACAUUUUACGAUAAAUAAUUUUGAAAACAGUUUGAUGAAUUGUGAAUACAUUUCUAUGUUGAUCGUAUCCUAUGUAACAAUACGUUUUGUAAAAAUUGUUGAGAGUUCCCAAUACUCGUUGUUUAUGUUUAAUUUUUGAUAGUAAUAUGAGAUGGAAUCUUCGUAUAAAUUACCUAGUUAUACGUUUACGUACCUACACUUAAUCUUAGUUUUUAUAAAUUGCGGUAUAUUGUGCCUUUAAACACUAAUAAAACGAUUUAUCAAGCUCUAUAUCAGUCAAUUUUUCAGUGUGGUUUAUUAGCGAGGGGGGAGGGGAUUGACUGAAAAUGUAAUCAAGUAUUUGAACACUAUACUAACUUAAGUUUUAACAUUUUUCAUGUUCUGUCAGUAAAACAGUUGUAUAAAAAAAUGGCAAUUAUGUGGAUUGUUAAACACCGAGAUGACUGGGUUGAUUUUACAAACAUUCAAAUUAAAAGAGAGCAGAAAGCAUAUGAUGCCAAAAUAGGUUUUUGUAAUAAAUCUUUUGGUUAGAAAUUUUUUUAAUUAUCUAGGACCUACAUACUUUAAUUUCUUGCCUGUAGAAAUGAAAAAGAUGCUGUUCAAAAUAGUUAAAAAGUUUAAAAAAAUACUUCUGUAACUGGAUUUUCAAUAUUCAUGAAAAGAUUUAAUUAUAAUUAAGAUAACUUUACUUUAUAUAUUUUUCAUCUUAUAGCUGUAAAUUUAUUAUAAUCUAUUACUGUAUAUUUAUUUUUAUAUUUUGUUCAUGAUUUACUCUUUUAUAUAAUGUAUAUAUUAAAUAUUUUAAAUUUAAAUUUAAUUAUUUUAGCAGUGUAAAUUAAUAAAUAAACCUCUUGUCACUCUGUGCUUCCACCACAAGCAAAGCUUGAUAAAAGGAGAUUCAUAAUUUCGUUCUUAUACUUAAUGGUUAAUAUUUGUAUAAUAUGUAUAUUGGAAUAAAAAAAUAAAAUAUAUAGGUACUACACAUUGAUCGGCGAUGAAAAUCAAACGAGCGUUCUAUUGAAUAUUAGUUUUACCGACGCCAUUAUUCUGACGUCAUUUUUUCUGAGAAAUUAUAAUUUAUAUAAUAAUACUGUAUACAAUUUAUUCGCCAAGUCUGCACAUAUUAUUAUGUUUAAUAUUAUAAUGGAGUUGGAAUUACACAAUAUUGAAUACCGUCGUAAUAUUAUAAAACUUAUUUUUUUUUUUGUUUUUUCAUUCAAAAACUUAUUUUUUCUUGCAUUCUUCAGUUCGUGGAACAUUUCCAAAAGCGAAUCUGUGGAACUCAUUCAAACCACCAACGCCGAUUUUUGUAAAGUUUUUUUAAAUUAUUGUUUUUAUACGAAUUUUAUUUUAUACAUACAUAUAGUAGUUUUUAUUCGCUCCUUUCUUGAUAUCGACAAGUUAAGAUUUGCUAUUGCUAUUUCCUUCUAUUGGCUGUUCGGCUUCACUAUUUUUUUUUGCAUCUCUCUUAACACAUUCCUCUCACAUCUUAACCAUCAUGGUGGAGUGGUCUUUCCAGAGAUCUUUUUUUAUGGGGUGUUCAUUAGUCACAUGUUUUUUUUUAUCAUCGAACCAUGUUUCCACUAUCCAAUAUACUCUAUACCCACUCGGCAGUCUUAUUUUCUUAUUUUUCUAGUUUCCUUUACUAUAUCUGGCCAUUAACAUAUGCUUCAUAUUAAUAAUAUACUUAUGUUAUUAUUUAUAAUAAUCGUAAAUUUUUUUUAACACUCUAGUAUCAACAAAAUACAUUUUAGUGAGAAUAAUUAAUUGAGCAGGACAUGUAUAGAAAAAUAGGGAUCAAUAAUAUAGAUCAUAACAUAAAACAACCCAAUAGGAAAGCGUCUUCUUAGUGACCACCUAACAUAAUAACCUAACCUCCUUUAAGAUGUGAGUGUUGUUGUAUUGUUAGAGAUAUAGGAGCCGUGGUACCUGCAGGAGUACAAUGAAGAAUUAGCUUGAAUGGCUUAAGGUUCUUUACGUAGAUUUUAUGUAAUAUGUUUACUUUGAUACUAUUCGUAUAUAUAUAUAUAUAUAUACUAGCAAUUAUUUACAUAAAAAUUUUAAUGUCAAUAAUUAAAUCAACAAUUUUAUUUUUAUUACAUGCGUGUAUAUAAAAAAUAUAUGUUUAGUAACUGUUUCGAGGAGAAACAAACAAGACCAUCACAUGAUAAUAUAACUAUACCGCCAUAAAUCUUUUUUUUGAUGUCCUAAGAUUUCAGAAAUUAUUUGAUCAAAAUAUAUCGUUGAAUUCAAUAUUAUUAUAUUGGAAACGUUUUUGUUUCGUUAAAAUGAAUUGAUUAUUUAUAUAUUUUUGCUUCGUUUUAUGUUAAAAAUAAUCAUUGUAAAAACAAAAUAUAUUUUAAUUAGACGUUUUUACGACAAAAUAAAACAUAAAAUAUUAUGAAAUAAUAGCCCGUCAUUUUAUACGGUAUACCUUAUCUUAAAAGUUUAUACAAAAUAUAUAUAUUUAUAUAUUAUAUGAAAUAUGUGUGGCAAUUAUGAAAAAAACUUAGUUUAGAACCUUAGCUUAAAUCACUAUUAUAUUUUAUUUGGUGUUCAAACAUUGUAUAUUAAUUGCUAAUACACGUGAACUCAUAGUUUUUUUUUUUUUUUUUUGUAAAAUAAAAAUUGUUUUAAUUUCAGUCGUAGUUUGCCGGAGUAUAAAUGUGUAAUAUUGAAUAUUGCUAUAUUGGUUUUACUAUUAUGUAUAAUUUUUUUUUUGUAUUUGUUAUUAAGUUAAUCGGAAAUUUAUUGCUUCGAGGUUUCUGGUUAAAAAUGUUGCUUGCCUAGUUUUCUCUGUUAUGAAGAUCAUUUUCUUUUUUUUCCGUGUAGUGUAUAACGAAGAAUGAAUUUGUAUAAAUAUAUGUUUUUCUGUCUAUAAAUAACUUUUCUACCAAAAAUCGUACUACAGUCAGAAAAUUACAAAUAAACUAUUUUUUUUCUAUUUUAGAUCUAGUAAGUGCAUUUUUUGAAUUCCUUACAAUUGUCUUAAUAAUCAUAAAAAACUAACGAAUUUAUGGUGAUAAUGAUUUCAUUAUUUAUUUCGAUAUGGUUUUUCUACCAGAUCUCUAGCUCCAAAUUUUAAAUAGAACAUUUAUUAUUAUCUGAUAUAAAAUGUCAUCUUUUUGGUGCGUUAAAAUGUAAUUUUGUAAUUUCCCUUGUAAAUUUCUUAACAAUUGUAGAAAACUUAGGAAAAAUAGUGAAACUAAUGGCGAUAAAUAGUCUUAGAUUCUGGAAUUUCCACAGAAUGCAUAUAUUAGUCUUUUACAGACAAACUAUUUUGGCCUUUUUGAGCUAUUUAUUAGCAUAAGAUCGUCGAGUUUUUUUUUUAUUAUUAUUAUUUUAUGUAGAUACAAGUUAUUCGACAGAACGGAAAUCCUGGACUAUUUAACACGAGGUUUUUCAUAAGUUGUACUUGGUUAUUAACAAAAUAAGUCGAAAUGUAGUUUUUACAAGCUUUUUUGUUCAAUUGUUUUGUUUGUUGUUUUAUAAUAAUGUAUGCCGUUAUAAAAUAAUAUUAUGUCUUAAUAAAAAAAAAAUGGUGAUACAUUUUUUUUUAAAUUGAAAAAUUGUAAAUAAUAAUAAAUAUGUAUGGAUAACGGACGAUCUACUCGUAUGCGUUUACUCUGCAGGUAUUCGCCCUAAUUACUCCCAUGAGCACAAGCACGUGUGAAAAAUGUCGGAUUAAUAUAAACGCGGAACACAACACUCGACAACUGCAGCUACAUGACGUGUGUGACCUUUCGAUAUUAAUAGUUAACAUAAAUAUAAUACAUUAUUUAUUUUGUAUAGGUAUUAUUUGUUAUAUAUAUUUUUAGAUUCUGAGUACAGCGAGAAAUCUAUUGGUUUUAUUAUGGAGUAUGCGAUUAUUAUUAUUUUUUUUAUAUUAAAAUAUGUAAAUGUGUAAACAACUUGUUCACCAGAAAUCUUGUAACGACAACAGAACUUUUGUGAAGAACUAUCGAUAAAGUCGAUGAAUUGGGAUCGUUAUUUAGUUGUCCUUAUAGUUUCUUUAAUAACUAUGAAAAAAUUUAAGAAAAACGGGGAAGCCGUUUUUCUUAACGGAAAUAACGGUGGAAAUAUUAUAAUAUAUUUUAAAUAUACCUAAUUUUAAAAAAAAAAAAUAUGGACAUACAUGGCGUGAUGGGUCAAUAUAAGUUGUACUUAGUGGUCAACAAGAAAAAGUUGAUUUUAAUACAGUAUUUUGUUUGUUUUAUAAUAAUUUCAAUAUCAAAUUUUGACGAAAAUCGUAAAUAUUAAAGUCUUUCGAAACAUGUAUCGUUUUUCGUUAGCAAUGAUUUAUCGGUGCAUACGUGCAUGCAAUCGGCCACUGUUGUGGGUGAGAAGUUUGAAAAAUAAGAUAUAAAGGGAAGUUUAAUGUAUAUCUGUAUGCACCGAUUAAUCAUUGCUAACGAAAAACGAUUCUGAGUAGAGUUUGGUUGUAUAUGCUUCGAAAAGAUAUAAUAUUUCUGAUUUUUAUCAAAAUUUGAUAUUGAAAUUAUUAUAAAAAACAAAAUACAGUAUUAAAAUCAACUUUUUCUUGUUGACCACUAAGUGCAACUUAUAAUGAACUUCCUGUUAAAUUUUUAAGCAUUUUUGUUUGGUCUAAUAAUUUUAUUAACAAAGUACCUACCGAAUAAAAAUUAGGUAAAAACCUCACAAAAUUAAAAUGUCUAUAAAUAGCUUAAAAAUCGUCAAAAUGUUAUUCACUUUACUAUAUCUAAAAAAGGCAAAUAUUAGUUUUCUGUCCAAAUUUCAUGUUUCUACGAAUUUUAAUUGAAGUACAUUAAAAAAAAAACAAAAUUGAAAAUAUUAAAAGCAUUAUUUUCGUAAAUGUUCCUGUUUUCCCAAUUAUAAUGAAAACUGCUUUGAAAAUCAUGGAAAAUCAAAAAAUGACCACCUUAAGUUGGAUAAGUUUUCUUUUUAGGAAAGGAGCUAUAUACACUUAAAAUCGGAACAAGAUUUUUGGUAGAAAUUUUAUAUAUGGUAUAAAAAAAUUAAAAUAAAUAUAUAUUAUAUAUUGUAAAACCAGUACAUUUCUCGCUUAACUUAGAAUCUAAAAUGUCACGUUAAUCGCGUUAGUAAUUAUUUUUGUCAACUUCGCUCAGCAUUUAAUUUAAAAAAUACAUUUAGACAGUGGCGUACCUAAGAUUUUGCAAAAUACAUAAUUUUUAGUACACUUAUUUGUAAUUACUCGUGUUUGAAUAAGUAGUGCAAAUGUACAAUAAUGCCUAUUUUAUUAUUAAUCAAUAAUACAUUUUAAAUGUUAAAUAUUUUUUUUUUUUCUUGUCAAACAUAUCCAAUAGGGAGGAAAGGGUUACUGAAGUUCAUUUAGCCCCUCUUGAAUACGCCACUAAAGGUGAAAAUAGUCGCUUGACUUACAUUCACGUCGAAAUGCGUAACAUAAAUAUACAAUUUCUAAAAAUAAAUCGCAAUAAACAUCUAAUUGAUAUGUAUUUUUUUUUUUAAUGUCUGAGAAAUGUAAAUGAUGAAAUGAAUUUUGUACGCGAUGAACAGUUAUUUUUAACUGGUCACACGACAUCAGUAUACAGAGAGUGGGCUCUAUAAAGAGUGGCCAAUAUGCGUAAGUAUUAUUUCUAACUGCGGUUAGGUAUCGAAUUAUGCGAAGUAUUCGAAUAAGUCCUCUUUCGGAAUCCCGUUGUGUCCUUGCCGUUAAAGAUAAUAGCGUGGUUUCCAGGUGACCGCACUCAUAUUCACUUUUUACCUAUUUUAUCACCUGCAACUAUCAUCGGUACAGUAUAACAUUAUAAUACGUAAAUUCCAUAUGACGGUAUAUACUGUAAUCUCAUUUCUAUUACGCGAGUGCUGAAGAACGAGACCAGUGGCGCAUAUAGGGUUUUUACUGCCUAUGUCAAUAAAAUUCCGCCUCAUUUACACUGGUUAGGUUAGGUUAAAUAUGUUCUUAAUUUUCCUUGUCUCAAUCCUGCUUUAAAUUUGGCCGCCCAGGUAUUUUUUACCCCCUCCCUUAAAUGUACCACACACGAUACCGUUGGUCUUAACUAUAAUAUUUGAUAAGUUUUGUAUAUCAUAAUUAGUAUUUUAAUUUGAUAACUUGUAUCAGUCAUCUACGAUACAUUUCCAAUAGUACGGUAAAUAAUGUUCUACAUUAUAUUGAAAUACCGGGUACACUCGUAGAAUGUGGUGGUAUCAAUGACCUCGUGUAGUGUAUACAUCGAGUUUAGCAGUCGGAUUGAAAAUUCUAUAAGAAUCCGAUGAUAACAAAACUCUAAUCGGUUACGUUAGCGUAUUAUAGAAUACUCUGUGAUAUACUCUACGCUAUAAAUUCCUUGAAGCUGCAGUAUAUCUAGUUCGGAUCAAUGGCUAACGUGUAGAGAUUAGGUUUGCAUUUUAAGUUGAUAUAAUUAAUCAUUUCUCCUCUAUGGUUUCGGAUAGAGUACGCCAGAUAUGCGAUUCCGAUCCCUUUUACGAAUACUGUCUUUGUUAAAAUUGUGUCCCAAUACAAGUAUCUUGUUCUAAAAAAUAUCGAGUAUCUUAUAUUUCGUUAUUGAAAUCGAUGUAUGUAUAGUAUGUCGAGUAUCCAGAUACUCAUUUUGAUUUACUUUAACCAUAGGUGCCCGAAAGGCGGACAAGCUCUGUCAUUUCUUAUACAUACUUUCAAUGUAUAAUAAUUGAAAGUUACUGUACACAUAGCUACUUUAGGGAACAAUUUUUGAGAAUUUCGAAAAACGUUUAAAAUAAAUAACCUCCACGUUUAUAAAGAUAUGUGAUGGCGCGAUGACGGGCGACCAGUCGUAUAACGUCGUUACCGUGAUGGGAAAUUUGUAUUCGUUCUGUACCGAAUAUGGAACAAAACUUACGAUUUCUGUUUGUACACGCGACAAUUUAUAUUUUAUUUUAUAUAAUAAUUGCGCUCACGUUUGUGUAAUAAUUACAUAAACAAUUACAAUUAUUGUAGCAAAGAUUGUCGUCUACCGAUGAUGUGAAUUGGCGGUCGUGCACCAUGGGUUUGGUUACAAAAUGAAAACCCGAGUCGCGACGACUCGUUCGCACGAUUUUUCACGAUAUCGUCAAAACAAAAAAAAACAAAAACUAUCGUUAUAUUAUAAUAUAUGAAUUUAAACUCCCAUCUUGUAGUAUGUAUCUGUUGGGUACAGAAUAGUGGGAAAUCUAUUCUGGCAAAAUUUCCUAGGAAAAAUGUCCGAAUUCAAACAUAAUAAAUAUAAUAAUAAUAAUAAUAUAUGAUGUAGUAAUUUUUAUUUUAUUAACGCAUUUUCUAAUGUUUUGCUUUUUGAUUUGGACCAUUUUCCCGAGACAUUUUUGAAUUUAAAUAUAUAUAUAUUAAUUUUAAUAAAUUUAAUUUGUUUUUUUAACUAGUUGUAUUUAUUGAUACUCUGAUUUCACUGUUGUUGUCUAAUAUAACAGAAAUUUGAUAGUUUGUUUAUAGAAAAGCUGGUAACAAGUAACUCGGAUAUUUUAAUUAUAGCCUCAAUUUACAGUCGGAGUUUGGCUAUAUUGACGUUCGAUUACUAGAGAAAAAACAGUAACUCGUCGGUCACUCAUAUAAACAUGUCAAUUUUGAACAUGUUAUCGCGGUAGUUUUAGCAACACAUCACUAUAUCAAUGGAUAUUUAAGCCCAGUAUACUAGCUAGGUCGUACAAACGUCACACAGUGAAACAUUUUUGUCGGCUAGGUGGUAAUUUUUUUUAUAACUUGGUGACAUCGAUUUUUUUUAAUAGUAUCUUAAUGCUUGACAAAUAGGAAAAGUAGUAAUGAAUAAAAAAACACAAAAUAAUUACAGAAAUAUGCACUUAUUAAUUUGUUUUUAAGUAUUUUAAAUUAAAGUUUUUUGAGAUAAUCGUAAAAAUUACGAGAUUUAAAAAACACGUUUAACCGAAAUUCACUUAGAAUCGUAUUUCGUCAGUAAUGAUUUAUCGUUGCGCAUGUAAAUGUUAUAACUUAAUAUGUAUUCUAUAUUUUUAACUUCCCACCUAUUUUUUUUAAAAUCCAAAAAUAACUCAUUCCUAUACUUACGUAAAAAAUAUUUCUACUGAAAUAACCUUAUCAAAAUAUUAGACUAUACCAGUUUACGAUUAAUACCCACAGAUGGGGUAACUAUAUAUUGUAAACACUGAGUACCUAAUACAUAGUAAAUUUGCCAUUCCAUUCCAUUUCCGGAUCUCCUCUAAAUUAUAGGUAUUUACAGGAUAACAUUAUAUACUUUUGAGGGUUUUUCACGGUAUGCCGUUUUGGGCCGCGGUCGAUUCGUCGCUGUUUACGCCCAGAUUUUUCCAUAGCGGUUUAUUCGCCAUGGGGUUUUACGCGUUUUGAACACCGUUUUCUUCACGUUUGUCCAUAGAUUGCCGGUGACGUCUGACCAUAUCGUUUAAACACUUCGUAGCGUCCCGUGUAUGGUAUUGCUCUCGUGCUCACGUAUACAAACUGUCCGUCCGACAUAGUAAAAAAAAAAAAAACACCGGCCACGAGAUAAAUCCAGUCGAAAAACUGCCCGCAGCACGGAGAAAAUAAUCAAGUAGCGUGCGGUAAAAAAAGAUGUACGGUAUUUAUGAAAAUAAAAGCCGUAUAAAUUCCGUUGUACCCCCUCCCCCCCAAACCUGCCGGUUGCUCCACUGGUCGUGCUAUAUUACAUUAUACGAUAUAAUCGUGACUCUGCUCGUGUACGGAUUUAUCCAUCCUCCUAAAGUAUCCCCCCCCCCUUCUCUUGUAUUUUAUAUUUUUUUUUCUGUUGUCAAACAAAUUUCCUGUAGUCAAUUAACAAGGAAAACAAAUAAAUAUAUAAUAUUUGAUAAACUCGCUGUUUGAAUUUGGCAGAUUCCCCAGACUGUAAUUCGUCACCACGCGCUCUAGUGGCGUAAACAAAUCGGGUAGCACAUUGUAUUGCCAAUGGCCCGGCUAAAAUUCGAUAUUAGAGAUACAGAUUUAUCCGAUUCGGUAGACAAUAACGGGCCGUCCACGGUUCUCUCGUGUAAAAACCUGCGUUUGUAUACAUAUAUCUGUCAUGUAAUAUUCGAUUGUCGCAGACUAUAAUAUAAGGCGAACACCGCAGUAUUAACCCAUUUGUCGAUAUCGGUUAUGGUUAUCACUAAAUGCCAAAUGCCUAUUUUUGACGUUCUUCUUGCCGACCGGCACGCGCCCGCCCUGCAAUUUCAACCGUGACGUGUUGUAAAGCCUUCCGCCACGCCGCCGUAACAGAGACAUUUUAUAGACAUUUUUUUUUUUUUUUUCCUUAGGUCUCGGGCUCGGAAUUCGCGGUCGGGAAUAUUAUUAUAAUGUUAUGUCGGGCGGCAUUUAUAUAAAAACUACGUACGGCGGCGCGUAAUAGCCGUGCUGUUAUUCGGACCGACGUCGUCGUCGUCGGGCAUACGUAAUACGUAUACAUGUGUGUGUAUGUAUGUACGUAUGUUUAUAUAUAUACGUAUUAUACUAUAUGGCUCGCGUGCGUUUUACUCGGGCAAAGGGUCUACGGCCCGUAGCUCGUAGCGACCCGUCAUGUGCACAUGGGACCGAAGAAACUGCCGCCGAUUCUAUAUAUAGACGGCGCGGCGGCAAUGGCGGUGAACGUGUGUGUUCGGGUAGUCAAUCGUUCAACCCGCCGCCCGCCGUCGACUUCCUCGGGCAGCCGUGCGUUCCGCCGCCGCCGCCGCCGCCGCCGUCCGCUUCGCGCACAGUGUUGUACGUGUACACCGCACGACGGGACUGCCGCGCGGACACCGAAAAUCGCCGAAACGGUUGAAAACGCGUUCCGCGGGUCGCGCGUCGUAAUUUUCGAAAAAUUCUGUUACCGAAUUUAUAACAAUAUAAUGUAGUCCGGCACGCGUCGAUAAUAGUUUUUUGUUUUUUUUUUUUUUUUUUUUUUUUUUUUUUUACAUUCUGAACGUAUUUUCGUGGCAUAUUCGCCGAUCGCCGGCCGUCAUUUUUUAUCGCGCUCUCCCGUCGGUGUUUAAUUUCGCCUCGGCGUUUCGCUAUAACGUUAUCGUUCUCGUUUGUUGUUUUUUUUUUUUUUUUUUAAUUACAAUAAAAUAUAUUAAACCGUACGUACGUAUACCGACACGCCGACGUUUGCGUGUCUAAUAAAUUAAUUGACAACGCCCUCGGUGUAUUAUAUAGUGUUGUUAUUAAUCAUCGUUUCCUUCCUCCGGAGCACGCGACCUUUAAUAAAAUAAUAAAAAAAAAUACUCAUCCUGCCGCUGCUAUACUGUACUGCCGGGCCACCGCCGCCACACGGUAAUAUUUUCGUCGCACGGCUCCGCGGUUCUCGUGCUUUCCGGCCAUAUUAAUACAAUACAAUAAUAGCGCAAUUAUUACGUGCGCCGCGAUCAAUUAAACGCAAACAUGUGCGGUACCUGCUCGUUUUAAAUUUUUAACCGUCACAUAAUGUAAAGUGCGAUACGCGCGAACGAUUAUUUCCUUGCGCCUCUUAUCGUCGGUCUUUUCGCAGUCCGCCAUCCAGCUUCCCUUCCGUAACUAUCGCGGUCCCCUCUCAACUGCCCUGUGUAGCCCACAUCGUCGGGUCAUUCGUGUCUAUCGCGAUUCGGUCCGCGUACUCCGCCCGUGACGGCGUUAUUCCUCUUCCGACACGACACUCGGUACGUCGCAUUUCGUCGAGCUGUCGUAACCGCAGCGGUAGACACCCGAUCGUUUUGUCGUCCCUCCCGACCGUGCCGGAAUUGCCGUUGGUCCCGUUCAAUACUCCCGCAUUUGUUGUUCUCUCGAUCAAUAUAACGCCGCAUUUCAAGCGCGUGUAUUUUUCAUUUUCUGUAGCCAUUGUUCGAGUUUCGCGGCCUUAAAUAUCGAACCACCGCACACUCUACAUUAAAUACACUUUCAGUAUAAGGUCGCCACGCCGUUCGCCCGCCAGUAGAUGAUUAUUAUCCGGAAAAGCCCUGUUAUUAGCCCGCGCCAACCCGCGUACGUUUUAUACUACGGCCGUCUUCUGUUACGUUUCACUCCUUAAAUAAUAUUGAAGCGUCGCACGCGCGGUUUUUAUGUGCGUACACAUCCGGGAAAUCGGUGUCGAUUCGAUCAGACCCGUUCGUUCCCCGCAGCAGAAAACCGUCGCCGCCGCACGUUUAUAAUAAUAAUAAUAAUAAUAAUAAUAAUAAUAAUUACGCAUUACGCGCGCAAUUCCGUUUCAUCAAACUGGUUGUAUAAUAAUAAUAAUAAUAAUAUAUUCGUCUCGGCGGCGAGCGAUCGGCCGCCGGAAAAGAUGUUCGGCUACGUGCACGGUUAGCGCGUGUGAUUCGGCCGUGUUAAUAUCCGGAUUAUAACGCGGUCGUACAGUGGCCCUCGGUUACUCUAAUGCCCAUUAUGUUGUACGGUGUUCAGAUGACGCAACGAGACAAAUUUACCGAUGAGACGAGUUUUAAAUAACCAUAAAAUCGAACGUGCGGCCGUUGAUUAUUUCCGCCGUCGCUUUUUUUUUUCCUGCCCGGGUCCUCGCUCCCUCUUGCAAUCUGUGCACUCGACGGACAACCGCGUGUGCCGCGGCGCGCGGCAAUACGAAAACCGUGCGCUUAUUUUAUCGCGCGUACGUAAAUUAAACUGGUCGAUAGGAGAACAGGUGGAACGAGGUGCAGUGCGCUGCACGGGCGUGAAAUCGCAUUGCCACCGAGUUCCGUAUUGAUUUGUCAUUAACGAAACGGAGGUGUUUAUUUUCUUGUACAAGACUCGUCGCGGAGUCGUCCCAUGGCAACUCGUAUUAUAAUACCGUGUACAGGGAGUUACGCGAGCGGGGCGCCGUAAUAUUCCGGCCGCGGUGUACGCCACUUUAUACGCGAUGCCCGCCGCGGCCAGUGCAGCCGCCCGCACACCCGCACUGCCCAACAUUGUUUUUUUGCAUGCGUUUCUACGGUUUGUCGCGUUACACCCGGAAACGAUAUAUUAACGCGCGUUUCCGUUCUUGUUACAGGUGCCGCGCGAACCGACCGGCUCCGCCGUAGCCUCCGACUGGACGGCGCCACUAUGAUCGAACCGCCGCCGUUACUGCCACCGCUGACGACGAUACCUGCACCGUCCGGACGGCAGGAGCUGACGACCACGACCACGACGACGACGACGACGAAUACCGUCGACUAG